UUGCAACCCUGUAUUUCGGUCGCCGCAUACAAAGCUGAAAAUUUUCUUUCUUGCAGGCGUUUCUUGAAAUCGAUCAAUAAAAAGCUAAGUUUUCAGAAAAAUUCUGUGCAAACAGCCAAAUUAACUGAAACAGCAUAGAAUAUAGGUUUAUUCUGACUUACUUAAUAUUCUUAUGUUAUUAGAUUUUGCAUAAAGUUAGCAAAAAGGUUUCAGAUUAACUUUUGCCGGAACGCUGCAUAAGCAGGAUUUUAAAGACAAGUGAGUAACAUUUUGUGUGAAUUUGUGAAAAAAUGAAUAUCACUGCGGGUGAACCAGUACCACCUGGUUUCGAAGACGAAGUCAAUCGGGAGCCAGAAAUUCAAAAAGCGAUUGACCAAUAUAAAGGCAAUGCUCUUGUCGGACUUGAAUAUACACUGGAGCUACACGAAGAAGAUCGUCAUGAGCCAGGCUACUUUUGCAUUCUUUGUGACAAGCGUGGUGAUCCACGUACAAUUAUGCAACAUUGGACAUCUUACAACCACCGAUUGAAAUAUCUAGAGAAGCAUUUUCCAACGGCGGUACACGAAUUCAAUCCCAUCAAGUACAAGCCGAAUUCGCAGCAGAUUCUCUUGGCCGUGGUUCAGAAAUUAGCAAAGGCUAUUGAGGACCAUCAUGGCCGUUUGCAUUUGACAGUAGCAAACAUUGAUGACUUUCGUCGUAUGAAGGCCAAAUUCGUUGGCGAAAUCAAUAAUAAAUACCAUUUUGAUGAAAGGAACGGACCUAAUUUCCUAGAGACUAUUGAUCGCUCUCUUUGGGAACCGAACCCGGCCCCGAACCCUAUAAAAAAUAUGGACCAGACAUUGCAGAUAACUAUUAAAGCACCUAAGCGUAUAACAAAUGAGGAAACACCAACAAAAUCCACUAACCGUGAUGAUUUGGAUGAAAUUUCCAGUGACUCGGAUGGGCAAUCAAGUUCUAAAAAAACAAAGAAAAGGGAGCAAUCGCCAGCAUAUCGAGUAUUGCCAAGAGUUCGACGUUCGCCACCUUUCGAAGAGGAACGAAGUGAUGAACGUAAGGAUGCUGAUAAGAAAUUGCCGACACCACGGGAAUUAUCCCUGCAAGCCUCUCACAUUGCACAAGAGAAAUAUAAAUGGGAAAAAUACAGAUGUAUGCUUGAAAUACAGCUAAGGCAAAUGGAAAAAAUUCAACAGGACUAUGAUAAAAAUCCGGAAAAACAUCCAUUGUAUCCCGAAGAAUGGAAAAAGUUCUGGAAUCGGCGGUAUAAGGAGUUGCAAGCUGAAAAGAAGACCGAUCCUAAUAAAUAUGAUUACAAACCGGAAUGGAUCGCAUUCUGGACAAAGCGUAUGAAGGAUUUAUUUAACGUUGAGGUUGAAAAGAAGAAAAAAGAAAUAAAAGUGAAACUUGGUCUGCCUGAAGAUGCCGAAGAAAAAGUAGAUCAACUGAAAGAAAAGUAUAAGGUGCAAAUAGGACGUAAUGCAACCGCUAUUACAUCUGGUGGUCAUAUUUUAGGACCCAAAGUUUCGGACAGAAACGUUGAACCUGCUCCCAAGCGUUCUAAAAACCUAGGUGAUGUUAUAAACAUCAGUGAUGACGAAUCUCCGGUGCGACGUCGACCUCGUCGUACCCGUACGCGAUCUCGUUCUCGUUCUGCUUCGCACCCGCGAUCUCGCCCGCGUCGUUCCCGUUCUAGAUCGCGUGGUCGUGACUAUAAACGAUCGCGUGACCGAUCCACUUCAUUGUCUAAAAGUCCGGUAUCUGAUGAUUAUAACCCCUAUCCCGUGCAACCUCAUCCCCAUCGUCAUCGUCAUCACCCAAGAAGUUACGUCCCACCAGUUGAAAGUGAUUAUUUUAGCUCAUCAUAUCCACCUCGCAGUAGAUUUGCUCCCGCUCCAACUUCAUCGCAUUAUGGUGCGACUACUCAUUACAGAGUACUAGAACCUCAUCAAUAUCCAAAAUAUGAACGUUCUCCAUCACCAAACUCGAAAUCGGCACCAGCAAAGGAAGAACCGGAACCGGAGGAUGAGGGCCCGCUUACUGUGGUAGCAGUGCUGCGCUUACUCACAGCUCUUGAGGAUCAUCUGGGCAGCCUCGGUCCGAAGGUAGUCGACUUACUUGGAAAAGCUUUGGCACUGGAGAAAGUAAAGGCCAACUCGGCAGAUGAUUUGUUGUUGAACGAUGACCAUGUUGUGUUCUUUGAAACUAUUAAAGAGAAAUUAAAAGGCAUCUUAAUUGCUGAUGUUCUCGAUGAUCAACAAAAAGUGCGAGCCGUUAAAAAAGCUAUCAGAAAUAUUGCCGCUGCCGUUCAUCAGGUUACCACAAAAGGUAACUCAUCAAAUAAGGUAAACUCCUCUGAGUCGGCAAAAAGUAACGAUAACGGCGAAGCAGCCAAGAAUGUGAAGUUGUCCGAGAAGGUCAGUGUUAAGGACUUACCGUUUGACCGUCAAGUUGUGUCGACGAAAUUGGCUGCCGCAUUAGUAUUUCAAGGCCGUGAAGAUGUGUCCACAGAAGAUAUGGAUAAGUUGAUUUAUCUAUUUAUUUUGUUGGUAAAAUUAUCUAAAGAAAAACAAGAAGUUGACGGUAAAGGCUUGCAGCUCGGAGCUGUAUUAUCAACGUUGGGCAUAUAUGUACCAGAUUCUGCCACUUCUACUGCGUUGGCCGCUUUGCCAGCUCUUGUAGAAGAGCUAAUGGAAAAUGAUGCUAAUGGUAUCUCUGCUCAUUCCAACAUUAUUGAGGAUGAUGCAUCGAAUGAAACUCCCGAUAAAGAUUCAAAGAAUGACUCUGGCGGCAAUAUGCUAGAAUCUCUGACCGACUCCGACUUACAAACAUUGCUGCAGAACUUUAAACAUUUGUCCAGUGAAGAACAGCACCAUCUAAUAGCACAUCUAAAGAAACUAGAAACUGCAGAUCCCUUACGGGUUGAGAAAUUGCGAAAGUUUGUUAAUUUAGCUGAUGUGGCUGGAGUUUCUUCAUCGUCUCCAGUAGCUAGCACAAGUAAGUCGAAUACGAGAGAGAGAUCGCGCACUCGCGAUAGUCGCUUUGAUGACUCACCUAUUGUCAGCAAUAGCAAAAGUCGGGGUUACAAUUCGGAUGAAGAUAUUGAUGAACGUCAACGUGGUGUCAGCGUUUCCAAUCCAAAUAAAUUUAGCCUAGAUGAUGAAGACGAAGAUGACGAUUAUAAUGUAGACGAUGUAUUCAAGGCUGCAUUCCGCAAGGUGAGUGACAACUCACGUCAAUCUAAGCCCGAAUACAAAAACUCAAAUGAGACCAGUUCAUCGCGGCCGCAAAUAAAGCCGGUGCCAGAGCCUGUAAUCCCGGUAUCAUCAUCGCCAAAUGCAUUAACAUUUAAUCGCGCUGGUUUAAAUAUAUCCUUAAGCGAUACACAAAAUUUGAUUGCCAAUCUGAUGGGUUCACUUCAACAGAGUAAUUCUAAUCAAAAAGCUAACCUAAACUCGGCGCCGUCAAAAGAGGGACAACAAAUACCGACAAGAUCAAAUGUAGCUCCGCAGCCUCCUAAAACUCAAAAAAUUCCACCACAGGCCUCACAGCAGCAACAGCAGCAUCCAGUUUUGCCACCGCCUAACAUGCCUUACUACCAGCAGGGCCAGCAACCACCACCAGCACAAGCACAACAACCUUACCCUGGUGGGGCCGGGUUCAAUCAAAUGACUGGUAUGAAUAAUCAGGCAUAUUAUAACUCAAUGGGCUACAAUAACAAUAACGGAGGAGUCGGAUACCCUGGCUAUCAGCCCUGGGGCAUGGGAGACUCGCACCAAUACGGUAUGCAAAACUUUAUGGGCCAACAACAGCCGCCGCAGCAGGGCCCCCAACAGCAUAUGGGCUAUAACAUGUAUGGUCAGCAAGGUCCACACUAAUAAACAUAUAAUUGGAGAACAAGCGGUUGUGUGGAAUAUAACAUUAAAUGGCCGAAAACACAGCCCUUGUGGGAGUUUAAGUCUAAAACUUAAUAUAAAAUAUUCGAGUGAAAAAUACAACUUGCUAAAAAUCUUGUUUUACAAUAAAGGGUUAACUUUUUUCGAAGCAAAACA